CUGCUGGUUAAAGUCAAUUCCGGGUUUGAAACACUAAAUAAACUUCAAGAUUUAUGACUAUUCUGAAAUCUGCAGUUUUAACACAUAUACAAACUGUUUCACGAACUUACAGUCCAUAAAGUUGUAAACAUCAAUCAAAUCUGGACACACACAGUCGACGUUGUUCGGUCGUGGAUUUAGUUCACCCUCACCACGCCGGCAGUAAGCACGUUUGUGCUAUUUUUAGUACAAAUACAUCGAAAACUAACUGAACGGACCAAAUUUGAAUAAGUGUUUAGUUUUUACUCAUUUUGGCAGGCAACAUUACAAACAAAAAUUAAAAUUAAAAAAAAAAAACUAAAAUUAAACCAGUGGACCAAACAUUUAAAUAAUAAGUAACUUUAAACAUACUUAUAUAAAUUUAAAGAAUACCUUACGAAAUUUAAAGCGAACCCGCUAAAAUAAAAAUAAAAACAUCAAACAGCUAUCGCAUUGUAUUAUAGGUACGCAUGCAAAAAAAAUAUUAAAAAAAAAACAAUUUUAGUAAGAUUCAAACUCUCGGAUUUUAAGCAUGUGAAAGAACCACGUAAAUAAGUUUCCAAAACCUUUUCGCGUACAUGAAAUGGAAGUGGAUCGUAUUUUGUACAUCUUCGGCAGUUUUACGCGGAAGAAGGACAAGCGCAAGUCGUUCGACCAGUCGUCCAUCAGCGCAGGCAACAGUCCUUUGCGACGGCCUAACAGCAUUGCACCGAGGACGUCGGCUUAUGAGGACAAAGAAGUGAAGGAAAGAAAGAAACACGAAGUGAAACAAUGGAAUUGCGGGCUGUGUCGCAAAGAAUUAGCAGAACCACGUCUCCUAGCCUGUCUUCAUAGCUUCUGUACCCGAUGUCUUCAAGGACUACCCCAAGAGGGAGAGGCAGAGGGCUGGAGCGAGAUCGAUGGAGGUUCAAUCCAGCAGGACCCCGGUUCGUCCGGGGGCUCCGCGGGCUCAGGGUACGAGAGCGACCCGCGGCGCUCGGGCUCCGACGCCAGCUGGGAACAGAAACAGAGGAAAUACGGGAUAUUUACUAGAAAGAUAUCAGGCAAGAGCGUCCAGCUCAUAAUCUGCCCAACAUGCGCACAGGAGACCCAGCUUCCUCUAGGAGGGGUGUCGGCCUUGCCCCUCAACUAUGUGCUGCUACGGAAAAUGGCCGGCGAGAGCCGAGCUAGCGUGCUGUGCGACUUAUGCAACUGUGAUAAUAAGGCCCAAAGCCGCUGCGACCAGUGCCUCGUUAGCGUCUGCGAGUCCUGCGGCGAGGCCCACAGCCGCCAGAAGACCACGGCCCGACACUCUCUACAGCCCCUACAAGCCCCUGCGACGCUCUGCAGCCAGCAUCGUGCAGAACUCUGCGUGUACUGCGCUACUUGCCAGCAGGUAAUUUGCCGCGACUGCUGCCUGAUCUCCCACUCUGGGCACGCAUUAGCCAACGCGGCUCGGGCGGCGGCGGAGCGCGCGCGGCUCCUACAAGACGCCUGUGAUCGCGCCAGGCUGGUGCCUGAGAACGUGGACCGGGCGACGAGGAUGCUAAACUUGCAGGCUCAGCAAGUCGAUAGCCAAGCCGCCCGCGUAGAAGAAGAAGUCCAAACCUGGGGCGCACAGUACCUGUCGGCGGUGGAGGCUCACGUGCGCGCGCUGGCGGGCGCCGCGGCGCGCGCGCGCGGCCGCCACGCGCAGCGCGUGGGGGAGCAGGCGCGCGCGCUCGCGCAGCGCGAGCAACACGCGCUCGAUGCGGUAGAGUUCGCUGAAGAGCUGCUGUCAUCCGGGCGUUCCCACGAGCUGCUCUCUCUGCACGGCUCGGUGCUGCGGAGGUUAGAGCGGCUGACGGAGCUGCCCCCGACGCCGCCGCGGCUGGAGCUGCGGCUGGCACCGAGCGCGCCCGCCACGCACGACGCCACGCUCGUCGGCCGGCUGCUGACUCAGGCCGCUGACCCUGACCGCUGCGUUGUCAACACCGAAGGUUUCCAAGAUCUCCGAGUCGAUUGUCCUCAUGAGGCUGUGCUAGAGCUACGGGAUAGCAGCGGGGAACGCAUCUGGUGUGGAGGGGAACAGGUAGCAGGCUACUUCCGGCGCAGCGACUCAAGCGCACGGCCACAAAGCGCGCGAGUCUCUGACAGGGGCGACGGUCUUUACUCCCUCACUGUCACCCCGCCCAGCCCCGGCGCCUAUCUCCUAGCUGUCACAGUGAACAGCAAGCCUGUUAAGGGUAGCCCGUUCCAAUGCGCCGCGCGCGCAUGUCAGCCACACUCGGGGCAGUUCCACUGCUGCUCCUUCUGUUCGUCCGGCGGCCGCCGCGACGCGCACUGCGCCUGCCCCGGACACAUGCCUGGCUACCGAGGUUGCGGGCACGGGCACUCGGGGCACCCGGGCGCGCGGCACUGGUCGUGCUGCGGCAGCACGGCGCGGCGCGGCCCCUGCGAGCGCGCCAGCCUCUAUCAGUUCUCUGUCUGAAUAUAUU